UGUUUAGUCAACAAAGAACAAAGAGUAUCGAACACCUGCUGUGCUGGGCUCAGGGCACAGAUUGAUGGUCAAGAUGGAUACAGCCCCUGCCCUCAGGGAACUUACAGUCCAGCAGAUCAGCUACAUGCUCCUUGUUACUGUGCUUCCUGUGCUGGGGGUUGAGGACUGUGACAAAUUCCCCAGGUCUUAACUUCUCUCCUGUGCCCUAGUGUUGUGAAGAUUGCUCCAGGAAAAAGGAAGGAUGCCGCUUUUCUUCCGGAAGCGGAAACCCAGUGAGGAGGCUCGGAAACGCCUGGAGUACCAGAUGUGUCUGGCAAAAGAAGCUGGCGCAGAUGACAUUCUUGACAUUUCUAAAUGUGAGCUCUCAGAGAUUCCAUUUGGGGUUUUUGCAACAUGCAAAGUUCUCCAGAAGAAGGUGUUGAUUGUCCACACAAAUCACCUCACUUCCCUGCUUCCUAAAUCCUGCAGCCUCCUGAGUCUCGCAACCAUCAAGGUUCUGGAUCUUCACGAUAAUCAGCUGACAGCCCUUCCUGACGAUAUAGGACAGCUGACGUCCCUCCAGGUAUUGAACGUGGAAAGGAAUCAACUGACGUAUCUCCCGCGUUCCAUUGGGAACCUGAUUCAGCUCCAGACCCUCAAUGUGAAAGACAACAAGCUGAAGGAGCUUCCAGACACCUUGGGGGAACUUCGAAGCUUACGUACUCUCGACAUCACUGAAAAUGAGAUUCAGAGAUUGCCACAGGUGCUGGCCCAUGUUCGAACCCUGGAGACUCUGAACCUCGACGCCUCGUCCAUGGUUUACCCACCGCGGGAGGUGUGCAGUGCCGGCACCGGGGCCAUCCAGCAGUUCCUCUGCAAAGAGUCAGGGCUGGAAUAUUACCCCCCUUCUCAGUACCUGCUGCCAGUCCUGGAGCAAGAUGGAGCCGAGAACUCCCAGGACAGCCCCAGUGGGCCCAUGGACAGGUUCUCUAGGGCAGAGGUAGAGUGGCAGAAUAGGUUCUCAGACUACGAGAAGAGGAAGGAACAGAAGAUGCUGGAGAAACUGGAGUUUGAACGGCGCCUGGAACUCGGGCAGCGAGAGCAUGCCCAGCUCCUUCAGCAGAGCAGCAGUCAGAAGGAUGAGAUCCUCCAGACAGUCAAGGAGGAGCAGUCCCGGCUGGAGCAGGGCCUCAGUGAGCGCCAGCGCUACCUCGACGCAGAGCGUCAGCAGCUGCAGGAGCAGCUGAAGCAGACGGAGCAGAACAUCUCCAACCGGAUCCAGAAGCUCCUGCAGGAGAAUCAGAGGCAAAAGAAAAGUUCCGAGAUUUUGAAGUCACUGGAAAAUGAAAGAAUAAGAAUGGAACAGUUGAUGUCCAUAACGCAGGAGGAGACAGAGAACCUGCGCCGACGUGAGAUUGCCUCCGCCAUGCAGCAGAUGCUGACCGAGAGCUGUAAGAACCAGCUCAUCCAGGUGGCCUACGAGUCUCAGAGGCAGAACUUGGUCCAGCAGGCUUGUUCCAGCAUGGCCGAAAUGGAUGAGCGGUUCCAACAGAUUCUGUCGUGGCAGCAGAUGGAUCAGAACAAAGCCAUCAGCCAGAUCCUGCAGGAGAGUGCCAUGCAGAGGGCCGCGUUCGAGGCUCUCCAGGCGAAGAAAGACCUGAUGCUGCGGCAGAUCAGGAACCAGAUUAAGUUAAUAGAAACUGAGUUAUUGCAGCUGACACAGCUGGAGUUAAAGAGGAAAUCCCUGGACACAGAGGCACUCCAGGAGAUGAUCUCGGAGCAGCGUUGGGCCCUCAGCAACCUGCUCCAGCAGCUGCUCAAAGAGAAGACGCAGCGAGAGGAGGAGCUCCGGGAAAUCCUGAUGGAGUUAGAAGCCAAAAGCGAAACUAAGCAGGAAAAUUACUGGCUGAUUCAGUAUCAACGGCUUUUGAACCAGAAACCCUUGUCCCUGAAGCUGCAGGAAGAAGGCAUGGAGCGCCAGCUGGCGGCCCUCCUGGUGGAGCUGUCGGCCGAGCACUACCUGCCCAUCUUUGCCCACCACCGCAUCUCGCUGGACAUGCUGAGCCGGAUGAGCCCUGGGGACCUGGCCAAGGUGGGCGUCUCAGAGGCUGGCCUGCAGCACGAGAUCCUGCGGAGGGUCCAGGAGCUGCCGGACGCAGCCAGGAUCCACCCAGAGCUGCUGAAGCCACCCCAGGGUGAAGUCCUUGGGACCGUGGAGCCCACUGCUCCUGAGGAGCUUCCUGAGCCAGUGAGGCCCUCGGCUCCGCCCGCAGAGCUGGAGGUGCAGACCUCCGAAUGUGUUGUGUGCCUGGAACGGGAGGCCCAGAUGAUCUUCCUCAGCUGCGGCCACGUCUGCUGCUGCCAGCAGUGCUGCCAGCCGCUGCGCACCUGCCCACUGUGCCGCCAGGAGAUCGCCCAGCGCCUCCGCAUCUACCACAGCAGCUGAGCGCCAGCCGCCAGCCCAGGCCCAGCCCCACCUCCACCACCUCUGCCCAGGGCUCCAGCUCACCCCCUGCUCUAGCCAGACUAGUACGACCCCCCUCCGUCCUGGCCGCUUUCCCCACAGCCUGGGAGGGCGUCUCCCACCCCAAUCUC